AUGUCCACGUUCAAGACUCGUCAGGUGGCCAAUAACUUCCAGGCCAUCGAAACAACCGACGGCGCUGGAGCUCACGUGCAUCGCUCAAUCGGGUCUCCAGUGCUGUACAACUUUGAUCCGUUCCUCGGUCUGGACGAAUUCAACGUGGGGCUACCGGGAGGUUUCCCGGAUCACCCGCACCGCGGCUUCGAGACCGUCACGUACGUGCUGCCAACGUCGAAAGGCGGUAUGCGUCACGAGGAUUUUAUGGAGAAUAAAGGGGAAUUACAACCGGGAGAUCUGCAGUGGAUGACUCCAGGCAGAGGCAUCAUGCACGCUGAAAUGCCUUCCAGUGCGGAACCUGCUCAUGGUUUGCAGCUCUGGGUUAACCUGCCAAAAGAGAAGAAGAUGAUCAAGCCGCGAUACCAAGAAAUCAGUCGGGAGUCGGUGCCGCAUGCAUUUAAUGCCGACCAAAGCGUCGAGGCAAUUGUGUUCGCUGGAGAGGUUUUCGGCUACAAGGGACCAGUCGAGACAGAAGCUCCGGUGACGUACGUCCAUUUUCUGUUAAAACCAGGAGCAAGGAUGGAGUAUUCCAUUCCAGAGAGUCACAAUGUGUUUGUGUAUGGAGUGUCUGGAACUGGUAAAUGUGCGGAAACGAGAGUUGUAGCUCAUGAAGCCAUUGCGAUGGAGAAGGAAGGAGACGGCGUGCUAUUGACGGCUGCAGAAGAUGAUAAUCUUGAGGUCGUCGUCAUGACUGGGGAACCAUUGAACGAGCCGGUGCAUCAAUAUGGGCCUUUUGUGAUGUCUUCCAAAGAGGAUAUUCAAAACACAUUAAGAGACUUCGAUCUUCAUACAAACGGAUUCGAAGACGCGCACGGUUGGAGGUCAUCCAUUGCACCGCGCCGCCGUCACCGUUAAAUCUUGCUUCACUGAGUUUGCUUAUUGCAACAUGCUGG